UAUGAACUUCACUUUCUGACUGCGCAAGAGAGUGGUGAGUGUCUGAGAAGCGGAGCGGAGCCACUUGCAGAGACCUCACCGAGCUUCGAAAAUGGCGGACAAAGCAGUCACCAUCCGAACCCGCAAGUUCAUGACCAACCGACUCCUCUCCAGGAAGCAAUUCAUUGUUGAUGUUCUUCAUCCAGGGAGGGCAAAUGUUUCAAAGGCUGAGCUUAAGGAGAAGCUGGCAAGGCUGUAUGAUGUGAAGGACCCUAACACUGUGUUUGUCUUCAAAUUCCGGACACAUUUUGGAGGUGGCAAAUCCACUGGCUUUGGGUUGAUCUAUGAUUCGCUUGAAAAUGCUAAGAAGUAUGAGCCCAAGUACAGGCUUAUCAGGAAUGGUCUUGACACUAAAGUUGAAAAGUCAAGGAAGCAACUGAAGGAGAGAAAGAACAGAGCUAAGAAAAUCCGAGGAGUGAAGAAGACAAAGGCUUCUGAUGCUGCCAAGGGUGGAAAAAAGAAAUGAGUUGAUACAUCCUGUUUCAGUUUUAGAGUCAUUUUACUUUCGGUGUUCUGUAAUAGCUAUUUCAUCUUUGAUAUUACGCCGUUGUUUCUAUGGAAUGAGAUAUUUUGGUAUUAGCGCGAGAUCCAUGUUUUUAAUUUAUAUUCGAUUAUAACUUGAGAUUGGGAGUACUUAUAGUGAACAAUUUUGAGAACUCA